AUGGCAGCCAGACUACGUGGCAGACCAGCUCACGCACCGGGCCCGACAUUUCUCAGCUACACGCCGAAUGGCAAGAAACUCGUCACCGUGGGCCUGAACGGCGCCCUCCGAGUCUUCCAGCAUGGCUACGACGGCGAGCCGGCUACCAUCGACGUUAAUACCGAAGAGCACUUGGCUGUAGCGGCCGCCAACGAUUGGUUUCUGGUGGGUACGGAGGAUGGCUCGGUCACCAAAUACUCGCUGGUCACGAACCAGAUGGAAGAGAUGCUGGUGCGGUGCACACUGCCCGUCAGAGACAUUGCUCUCUCGCCUGAUGGUGCGUGGGCUGCGGUGUCAAGCGAUGAGGUUGAAGUCAAGGUCGUCAAUACUCAGGACAUGACACAGGUCCUGUACCUUCGAGAACAUCGUCGCCCGGCCAAAAACGUCUCCUUCGAUGCUACGGGCUCCACCAUUGCCGUAUCUUGCACCGACGGCAUUGUGUACAUGUACUCCAUCAGCUCUCAGACACCCCAGCUCCUCAAGCGAAUUGACGGCUUGAUCAAGACGACCGAGACGGAAUCAGACACCAACACUCGAGUCUCCUGGCACGUUGACGGAAGAGCAUUUGCAGCACCGACCGCCACAAGAGACUUCCAGGUUGUGGCCCGCAGCGAUUGGUCACACCAGAAGGCGUUCAAGGGCGGCCAUCGUGGCGAUAUCACUGCGGCUACAUGGUCGCCUAAUGGGGCUCUGUUAGUGACGGCUGGAGCAGACAAGAGCUUGGUAUUGUGGGAGACAAAGACUCAGAGUAUCCUCAAGAGCUUCGACGACGUGCAGAAUGUGAUUCUCGAGAUGGCAUGGCAUCCGACGGAGAACGUACUGUCCUACACCAAUAACAACGGCGAACUCUUCAUCCGCGAGGAUUUCGUACCUGGCGUGCAUGCAAAACUCCUCAAGAUCGUCCUCCAACCUGCGCCGUUCAACAACGAUCCUCUCUCAGACAUUUCGGGCAAUGCUCAGCGACCGAUGACCAACGGCCUCAAGCCGGGAACCCACGCCUCCGAAAACGAUUACAUCGAUUCGCUCCUAGACGAUGCAAUGUCCGAGGACGGUGCGGAUUUCAUUGAAGACGAUGACGGAGCUGGCUACGCUGAAGAGCCCAAUCGCCAUGGAAAGCGCGUAGCCAACACCAUCGAAGGCCGUCAGGCAAAGCGACCCGUCCAGCAAGCAAUCUGGCAGCCAAAGAUCCAUGAAUCAUUCCAGCCCGGCAGCACACCGUGGAAGGGCAAUCGUCGUUACCUGUGCCUUAACUUGACGGGUUUCGUAUGGACAGUCGACCAAGAGACUCAUCACACCGUGACGGUGGAAUUCUACGACCGCCAGGAACACCGCGACUUUCACUUCACCGAUCCGCAUAUGUACGACAAGGCAUGCUUGAACGAGAAGGGUGCCUUGUUCUCGUGCCCUCCGUCGACUCGCCACCCAGCUGUCCUCCACUACCGACCACACGAGACAUGGACCUCGCGCACAGACUGGCGAACGCAUUUGCCGGCUGGCGAACAAGUGACUUCCAUGUCUUUGAGCGACUCUUGUAUUGUUGCGACCACGAGCGCCGGAUACGUGCGCGUGUACAGCUUGUUCGGACUUCCAUUGAAGAUCUACCGCCAGAAAAGCAUGCCGGCAGUGGCGUGUGCGAGCUGGAGAGAUUAUGUCAUGACGGUCGGCAAUGGAUCGAUUGGCGGUGAUGGAAGAACCAGACUCUUGUACACUAUCGACAACGUGAAGCGAGACGAAAGCUGCCAAAGCGAGGAUGUCCUUCCCCUGCCCGAAGACGUGGAAUUGAAGAGUGUCUUCUUUAGCGACAAUGGCGACCCCUGCAUCUACGACACCGCCGGCGUCCUGCUCAUUCUUCACCACUGGCGCACUCCCGGACAAGCGAAGUGGGUGCCGCUACUCGACACGAAGACGCUCGAACGUCUGGCGGGCGGAAAGAAGGAAGAGAGCUAUUGGCCUAUUGCGGUCGCCAACAAUAAAUUCCACUGCAUCAUCUUGAAGGGCGGCGAGGAGUAUCCCUACUUCCCUCGACCUCUCCUCUCCGAUUUCGAUUUUAGCAUUCCCGUCUCUGCUUCCACGGCCGGAGAGGAAGACGAUAAGGAGACGACGCAUCAGAAGACGCUCGAGGAGCAAUACGUGCGCGCGUGUCUGCAGCAUUCUCUCCACAUGGACUUGUUGGAGAACACGAACGCAACGCACGCGCAGCGCCAGGAAGUGCCGACUCUGGAGCGCGAGGUGGACAAAGUGCUGCUGCAACUGUUGGCGACGGAGUGCAGGGAAGGCGAGGAGCACGGGAUGAAGGCGUUGGAGAUUGCCACAUUGAUGAAAGACCGCACGGGCAAGAUGCUGGAGGCCGCGGGCAAGAUUGCGUCCAGAUUCCACCGCGACGUGUUGGGCGACAAGAUUAUGCAACUUGCGGAGCGGAGACUCGUCGGGUUGGUGAGUGAUGACGAUGUGUAG